GGGUACAAUGUCACCAGUGACGGUGGAGAAGAUUACCGAGUCCUGCAAGUUAGGAGAGGGACCACACUGGGACGCAGACAAGAAAGUCUUGUACUUCGUCGACAUCGGAGGAAAUCGGGUGCAUAAGUACGACCCGGCGACUCGUACUCUGAAGAGCCUCACUCUCGAGGGAGUACAUUUCAUUAUUCCAGUUAAAGGCAAAGCAGACAAAUUCGUUAUAAACAUGGGUCGUAAUGUGGUGCUGAUGACAUGGGAUGGGGUGAGCAGCGAACCAGCCGCCCUGGAGGUGAUCGCAACGGUGCAGGACGAGGAUGGCAGUCGGGACAACAAGAUCAACGACGCCAAGGUGGACGCUGCCGGCACUCUCUGGGCAGGGACGUUGGGACCAAUAGUAAAUAAUGAGAUCACUCCAGAGAAAGGAAUAUUAUUCAACCUUGCCAAGGACAGAAGCACUAAGACGCACGUAACAAAAAUCAGCAUUUCAAACGGUUUUGCGUGGAGUCCGGAUAACAAAACCAUGUACUAUAUAGAUUCUGCCACAGGAAAAAUAGAUGCCUUCGAUUUUGAUAUUACCGAGAGCAAAAUAGGCAACAGAAGAACCGUUUUCAACUUUAAAGAAAAUGGCGUGGAAGGACUGCCAGACGGACAAACUAUUGAUACAGACGGAAACCUAUGGGUGGCGUGCUUUGGCGGCAAGCAGGUGAUCCAGGUGGACCCGCGCCGCGGCAAGCUGCUGCGGCGGGUGGAGAUCCCGGCGCUUAACGUGACGUCUGUGGCGUGGGGCGGCGCCGGCCUCGACGAGCUGUUCGUCACGACGGGCUCCAUCGGCAUGGACCAGCCCGACGAGCUGCCCAUGGCCGGCUGCACCUUCCGCGUCACAGGGCUCGGCGCCCGGGGACUCCCCGCGCAGUCCGUCGUCCUCUAAGUGUGUUGCAGAGAUUGGGGGCUAUAAAUAAAAAAGCCUCGGUGCAGGCCUAUACGCUAUAA